AUGUCGCUCGAAUACGAGAAGGAUCCAGGAUGGCAAUACUUGAAGAGAUCCAGAGAGCAACAGCUCGCUGAUCAAUCCCGCCCGUAUGACUCGAAGAAGAACGUGUGGGUCCCCGACCCGGAGGAAGGAUACAUUGAGGGAGAGAUCAAGGGUCCCGGACCAAAAGCUGAUACGGUCAUCGUGACGGCCGGCGGAAAAGAUGUGACAUUGAAGAAGGACUUGGUCCAAGAGAUGAAUCCACCAAAAUUCGAGAAGACCGAAGACAUGUCCAAUCUGACUUUCCUCAACGACGCCUCCGUGUUGGCUAACUUGCGUUCCCGUUACGCCGCCAUGCUUAUCUACACCUACUCUGGACUCUUCUGCGUCGUCAUCAACCCCUACAAACGUCUUCCAAUCUACACCGACUCUGUCGCCCGUAUGUUCAUGGGAAAGCGUCGUACCGAGAUGCCACCUCACUUGUUCGCCGUCUCCGACGAGGCCUACCGUAACAUGCUUCAAGACCACGAGAAUCAGUCUAUGCUGAUUACUGGAGAAUCUGGAGCCGGAAAGACUGAGAACACCAAGAAGGUUAUCGCCUACUUCGCCACCGUCGGAGCAUCCCAAAAGGCGCCGCCAAAGGAUGGAGAGAAGGAGGUCACACUCGAAGACCAGAUCGUUCAGACCAAUCCAGUAUUGGAAGCCUUUGGUAACGCCAAAACCGUCCGUAACAACAAUUCGUCCCGUUUCGGAAAGUUCAUCCGUAUCAUGUUCAACAAGCACGGAAAACUCGCUUCUUGCGAUAUUGAACAUUAUCUUCUCGAGAAGUCUCGUGUCAUCCGUCAAGCGCCAGGAGAGCGUUGCUACCACAUUUUCUACCAAAUCUUCUCCGAGUUCAAGCCAAAACUUCGUGAGGAGCUUCUUCUCAAUAAGCCAAUCGGAGAAUAUUGGUUCGUCGCUCAAGCCGAGUUGAUGAUUGAUGGAAUCGACGACACCGAAGAAUUCCAGCUGACCGACGAGGCAUUCGACGUCCUGAAAUUCUCGGAAACCGAGAAGAUGGAUUGUUACAGACUCAUGUCGGGUCACAUGCACAUGGGUAACAUGAAGUUCAAGCAACGUCCACGCGAGGAGCAAGCCGAGCCAGACGGUCAAGAAGAGGCGGAACGCGCGUGCAACAUGUACGGCGUCGACGUCGAUCAAUUCUUGAAGGCGUUGGUGUCGCCAAGAGUGAAGGUCGGAACCGAGUGGGUGUCCAAGGGACAGAACGUCGAACAAGUCCACUGGGCUAUCGGAGCCAUGGCCAAGGGACUCUACGCCAGAGUCUUCAACUGGCUCGUCAAGAAGUGUAACCUCACUCUCGACCAGAAGGGAAUCGACCGUGACUACUUCAUCGGAGUGUUGGAUAUCGCCGGAUUCGAAAUUUUCGACUUCAACUCGUUCGAACAGUUGUGGAUCAACUUUGUCAAUGAGAAACUCCAACAAUUCUUCAACCAUCACAUGUUCGUGUUGGAGCAGGAGGAGUACGCCCGUGAGGGUAUCCAAUGGACCUUCAUCGAUUUCGGUUUGGAUCUCCAGGCUUGUAUCGAGUUGAUUGAGAAACCACUUGGAAUCAUUUCCAUGUUGGAUGAAGAGUGUAUCGUACCAAAGGCUACCGACAUGACUUUGGCUCAAAAGCUCACCGACCAACAUCUCGGCAAACAUCCAAACUUCGAGAAGCCAAAGCCACCAAAGGGAAAGCAAGGAGACGCUCAUUUCGCUAUGCGGCACUACGCCGGAACUGUCAGAUACAACGUGCUCAACUGGCUCGAGAAGAACAAAGACCCCCUCAACGACACCGUCGUCACUGUCAUGAAGGCGUCGAAGAAGAACGACUUGCUCGUCGAGAUCUGGCAAGACUACACCACUCAGGAGGAGGCCGCCGUCGCUGCCAAAUCCGGUGGAGGACGUAAGGGAGGAAAGUCGGGAUCUUUCAUGACUGUCUCCAUGAUGUACAGAGAGUCGCUCAACAAGUUGAUGACUAUGCUCCACAAGACUCACCCUCACUUCAUCCGUUGCAUCAUCCCUAACGAGAAGAAGCAGUCGGGUAUGAUCGACGCGGGACUUGUGCUCAACCAGCUGACAUGUAACGGAGUGUUGGAAGGAAUCAGAAUUUGUAGAAAGGGAUUCCCGAACAGAACUCUCCAUCCAGACUUUGUCCAUCGUUACGCGAUUCUUGCUGCCAAGGAAGCAAAGUCAUCUGAUGACCCGAAGACCGCCGCUGGAGCCAUCCUUCAAUCUCUUAUCAACUCCAAGAAGUUGAACGAUGAGCAAUUCAGAAUCGGUCACACCAAGGUCUUCUUCAAGGCCGGAGUUGUCGCCCACAUCGAAGACUUGAGAGACGAGAAGUUGAACCAGAUCAUCACCGGAUUCCAAUCGGCAAUCCGUUGGUACUCAGCCUCCGCUGAUGCCGGAGCAAGACGCAAGCAGCUCAACUCCUACAUCAUUCUUCAACGCAACAUCAGAUCGUGGUGCGUCCUCCGUACCUGGGAUUGGUUCUUGUUGUUCGGAAAACUUCGUCCACAACUUAAAUGCGGAAAGAUGGCCGAGGAGAUGGCAAAGAUGGCCGAGGAGCAGAAGAUUCUCGAGGCAGAAGCCAAGAAGGCAGAGGCCGCUAGAAAGAUCCAAGAGGACGCCUACACCAAGUUGUCCGCUGAACGAUCCAAGUUGUUGGAGGCUCUUGAGCUCACUCAAGGAGGAUCCGCAGCUGUCGAGGAGAAGCUCACAAGACUCAAUAGUGCCCGUCAAGAAGUUGAGAAAUCGUUGAACGACGCCAACGACAGACUUUCGGAGCACGAGGAGAAGAAUGCUGAUUUGGAGAAGCAGCGUAGAAAGGCCCAACAAGAAGUUGAGAACUUGAAGAAGUCUAUCGAAGCAGUCGACGGUAACCUGAACAAGUCUCUCGAGGAGAAAGCCGCCAAGGAAAACCAGAUCCGUUCCCUUCAAGACGAGAUGAACUCUCAGGAUGAGACGAUUGGAAAGAUCAACAAGGAGAAGAAGUUGUUGGAGGAGAACAACCGUCAACUCAUCGACGAUCUCCAGGCCGAGGAGGCAAAACAAGCUCAGGCCAACAGACUUCGUGCCAAGCUCGAGCAGACAUUGGACGAGAUGGAGGAGGCUGUGGAGAGAGAGAAGAGAAUCCGUGCGGAGACGGAGAAGUCGAAGAGAAAGGUCGAGGGAGAGCUCAAGGGAGCUCAGGAGUCGAUCGAUGAGCUCUCGGCUAUCAAGUUGGAGGCAGAUGCAUCGCUUAAGAAGAAGGAGGCUGAUAUCCAUGCUUUGGGAGUCCGUAUUGAGGAUGAGCAAGCUUUGGCUAACAGACUCACCCGUCAAUCCAAGGAAAAUGCGCAGAGAAUCAUUGAGAUCGAGGAUGAGCUCGAGCAUGAGAGACAAUCGAGAUCCAAGGCUGACCGUGCCCGUGCAGAGCUUCAACGUGAGCUUGACGAGCUCAACGAGAGACUCGACGAGCAGAACAAGCAGUUGGAGGCUCAACAGGACAAUAACAAGAAGAAGGACUCGGAGAUCAUCAAGUUCAGAAGAGACCUCGACGAGAAGAACAUGGCCAACGAAGACCAGAUGGCUAUGAUCCGCAGAAAGAACAACGACCAGAUUCAAGAUCUUACCAAUACCUUGGACGCUCUUCAGAAGGGUAAGGCCAAGAUUGAGAAGGAGAAGGGAGUCCUUCAGAAGGAGUUGGAUGAUAUCAACGCUCAAGUCGACCAGGAGACCAAGUCACGUGUCGAGCAAGAGAGACUCGCUAAGCAGUACGAGAUCCAAGUCGCCGAGCUCCAACAGAAGGUUGACGAGCAAUCCAGACAGAUUGGAGAGUUCACUUCUACCAAGGGACGUUUGUCGAAUGACAACUCUGAUCUUGCAAGACAAGUCGAGGAGUUGGAGAUCCACUUGGCUACCAUCAACAGAGCCAAGACAGCGUUCAGCUCUCAGCUGGUUGAGGCUAAGAAGGCCGCCGAGGACGAGCUUCACGAGAGACAAGAAUUCCACGCGGCGUGCAAGAAUUUGGAGCAUGAACUCGACCAGUGCCACGAGCUCUUGGAGGAACAGAUCAACGGAAAGGAUGAUAUCCAGAGACAAUUGUCUCGUAUCAACUCGGAGAUCUCUCAAUGGAAGGCGAGAUAUGAGGGCGAGGGAUUGGUCGGAUCCGAGGAGUUGGAGGAGUUGAAGAGAAAGCAGAUGAACAGAGUCAUGGAUCUCCAGGAGGCUCUCAGUGCUGCUCAGAAUAAGGUGAUCUCGUUGGAGAAGGCGAAGGGAAAACUGUUGGCAGAGACUGAGGACGCGAGAUCUGAUGUGGAUCGUCACUUGACGGUUAUUGCGUCGUUGGAGAAGAAGCAGAGAGCAUUCGACAAGAUUGUUGAUGACUGGAAGAGAAAGGUUGAUGAUAUUCAGAAGGAGAUCGAUGCGACCACCAGAGACUCCAGAAACACCUCUACUGAAGUCUUCAAACUCCGCUCGUCUAUGGACAACCUCAGCGAGCAAAUCGAGACGCUGAGAAGAGAGAACAAGAUCUACUCCCAAGAGAUCCGCGACAUCAACGAGCAAAUCAGUCAGGGAGGAAGAACUUACCAAGAAGUGCACAAGUCGGUCAGAAGAUUGGAGCAAGAAAAGGACGAGCUCCAACACGCGCUCGACGAGGCAGAAGCCGCGCUUGAAGCCGAGGAGAGCAAGGUGCUCCGACUCCAGAUCGAGGUUCAACAGAUCCGAUCGGAGAUUGAGAAGAGGAUUCAGGAGAAGGAGGAAGAGUUCGAGAAUACCAGAAAGAACCAUCAACGUGCACUCGAAUCCAUCCAAGCUUCCCUUGAGACUGAGGCGAAGAGCAAGGCAGAGUUGGCUAGAGCUAAAAAGAAGUUGGAGACCGACAUCAACCAGUUGGAGAUCGCUUUGGAUCACGCCAACAAGGCCAACGUCGACGCUCAGAAGAACUUGAAGAAACUCUUCGACCAAGUCAAGGAGCUUCAAGGAGUCGUUGAUGAUGAGCAAAGAAGGCGUGAGGAGAUCCGAGAGAACUAUUUGGCCGCCGAGAAGAGAUUGGCUGUCGCCUUAUCCGAGUCGGAGGACCUCGCCCAUAGAAUCGAUGCAUCUGAGAAGCAUAAGAAGCAGUUGGAGAUCGAGCAGGCCGAGUUGAAGUCGUCGAACACUGAGUUGAUCGGAAACAACGCCGCCUUGUCGGCCAUGAAGAGAAAGGUCGAGAACGAGGUUCAAAUCGCUAGAAACGAAUUGGACGAGUACUUGAACGAGUUGAAGGCGUCCGAGGAGCGUGCCCGCAAGGCCGCCGCCGACGCCGACCGUCUCGCUGAAGAGGUCCGUCAGGAGCAAGAGCACGCCGUGCACGUCGACAGACAACGCAAAUCGCUCGAGCUGAACGCCAAGGAACUCCAGGCCAAGAUCGAUGACGCCGAGCGUGCCAUGAUUCAGUUCGGAGCAAAGGCUCUGGCCAAGGUCGAGGAGCGUGUGCGUAGCAUCGAAGCGGAGUUGCACUCGGAGACUCGUAGACACCAGGAGGCCGUGAAGGGCUUCACCAAACAGGAGAGACGUGCUCGUGAACUUCAAUUCCAGGUUGAGGAGGACAAGAAGGCGUUCGACAGACUUCAGGAGAACGUCGAGAAACUUCAACAGAAGAUUCGCGUCCAGAAGAGACAAAUCGAAGAGGCUGAAGAGGUCGCCACCCAGAAUCUGUCCAAAUUCCGACAGAUCCAACUCGCUCUCGAGAAUGCCGAAGAGCGUGCCGAGGUCGCCGAGAACUCGCUUGUCCGUAUGCGCGGACAGGUCGUUCGUUCGGCUACCGCCAAGUAA